GCCAUCAACCACUAUAUUAUGUUAUCAUUAUCAGUUAUCAUGCAAGAUUGUCAAUUGUGUAUUUGUGUAAUAGGUAAUUAUAACAGUUUUUUUAAAACUUAAUAAUUACUUAUUUGAAUUAUAAAAAAAUGGACAAUAAUUUAUCCAAAUUUGUUUUGUUAUUCGGUUUAAACCACCUUAAGUGUUUAAAUGAAUCUUUGGAUUCAAAAAAAAAACUGCUUCUUAGUCAUUUUUUGAAAACAUCAAAAGUGCGUAUAACAAAUUUUAUGUUAAUUACAAGUCUAUAUGAUGACAUUGACUUCAAAUGUCAUUUUAGACUUACAAGAAGUUCAGUUGAAAUUCUUAUGUGCAAAGUGAAACCUUUAUAUAUUUCACUAAAAUCUCAAGUUGGAAGGACUUCAGUGGACUAUAAAAAGGGAACAUUGAUGACUGUAUGGUAUUUGAGCAAUACAGAAACCUUUCGUCAAAUUGGAGAUCGUUUUAAUUUAAGCAGAGGUCUUGCCUGUCGAACAAUUCAUAAAUUUAUUCGAGUUUUUUCAAAACUACUUAAUGAUUUUGUUAUAUUGCCCAAGGGAAGUUCUGAAGCCGCAACAAUAAAAGAUUUUAGAAGUUUGAGAUAUAAUUAUAUGCCGAACACAAUUGGAUGUAUUGAUGGUUGUCACAUACGCAUACAUGCACCAAGAGACAAAAGAUCUGAUUAUACCAAUCGUAAAAUGUUCCAAUCAAUUGUUCUUCUGGCUGUAUGUAAUGCUCGGUUGGAAUUUACAUAUAUUUUCUCUGGUUGGCCAGGAAGUUCCCAUGAUGCGAGGGUCUUCAAAAAUUCAUCUUUAGGACACAUAUUAAUAAAUAGUCCUCAAGAGAUAAUUUCUAAAAACCUACAUAUCCUCGGAGACUCAGCAUUUCCUUUGUUAGAAAAUCUCAUGGUUCCUUACAAAGCUACACAUAUUUUGUCAGAAAAGGAAAAGCUAUUUAAUAGAAGGUUGAGUUCUACCAGAGUAGUAAUUGAACAAGCUUUUGGGUUGUUACUUGGCCGUUUCCGAAGACUUAAGGUGUUAGAAGCCAAGUCGAUUGAACUGAUGAGCCUUACAGUGACAAGUGCUUGCAUAUUACAUAAUUUAGCAUUACAAAAUAAUGAUUGGAUAGAGAUAAAUGAUGAUCAUAAUACAGAUUUAACAGAAUUUACAGAUGAAAACAAUCAUGAAUGUAGUGUUUCAUUAGCAAUUAAUCAAAGAAAUGGGGUUGAUAAAAGAAAUGAACUUGCAGAUAGGUUCUAUGGAGAUUAAAUUUGCAAGAUAUAAGGAACUUAUUGUAGAACUUUCAUUACUAAAUUUGUUUUAAAAUAUUUUUCGAUUAUUAAAUUUGUCGAAGUUGGACAUCUUAACAAUUUUUAUUUUUAUGUACAUAUUUUUUUAUAACUUAAUUUACCUAAUUAAUUUAAUAGUUUUUUAUAAUUAAAUCAUUUAAAUAAAGUUUUGCAAUGUGUUUUGUGGAUUGAUGUGACAAUAAUAACU